GGCCAAUCUCCUCCUGUCUUUUACCAAGGGAGAACGCGAAGUCUACUCAUACACACUUGGCCAGCUAAGCUGUCAUUUUCAUAUUUAUUCCGUCCUCCCCCAGAUUUCUUCUCCCCUUUCCUCAUCCAAGCGUCCCGAGCCCAGUCGACGACACCACCAACGCCCACAUUCGUCGCCCGAGUGUUUUCUGCUGCCAUGGGGCUCCUCGAGGACGUCCAGGGACUCGUGUCCCACUAUCUCUCCCAACUCUCUCCCGCCUCCCAAGUCGGCGUCGUCGUCGUCGGCCUCCUCUUCUCCGCCGUCUUCUUCAAUGUCCUCCAGCAAAUCCUCUUCAGGAAAUCCAACGAACCCCCCCUCGUCUUCCACUGGUUUCCCCUGGUAGGGAGCACCAUCACCUAUGGCAUGGAUCCUCCCCGCUUCUUCCGUGAGAUGCGAGCUAAGUAUGGUGAUAUCUUCACCUUCGUCCUCCUUGGGAAGAAGACGACCGUCUAUCUCGGCACCGCUGGCAACGACUUCAUCCUCAACGGAAAGAUCAAGGACGUUUGUGCCGAGGACAUCUACACCGUCCUAACCACCCCUGUCUUCGGCAAGGAUGUCGUCUACGACUGCCCCAACGCGAAGCUCAUGGAGCAGAAGAAGUUCAUGAAAGUCGCCCUGACUACGGCCGCCUUCCAAUCGUAUGUGCCGAUUAUCGUCGACGAGGUCCUCGGCUACUUGAAGCGAUGCCCCGAUUUCAAGGGCAAGUCGGGCGUGACCAACAUCCCCAAGAACAUGGCCGAGAUCACCAUUUUCACUGCCUCGCACUGUCUCCAGGGCAGCGAAGUCCGGAGCAAGUUUGACGAGUCGCUGGCUAGUUUAUAUCACGAUCUGGACAUGGGCUUUACUCCCAUCAACUUCAUGCUACAUUGGGCCCCUCUACCUUGGAACACGCGACGAGACACGGCGCAAAGGACUAUCGCCAAGAUCUAUAUGGAUACUAUCAAGGAACGCCGAGCAUCUGGCAAGACCGACGCACAGGAUAUGAUGUGGCAUCUGAUGAAUUCGACCUACAAGAACGGCACCCAGGUCCCCGAUCACGAGAUCGCGCACAUGUUAAUCGCCCUGCUCAUGGCUGGCCAGCACUCUUCGUCUUCGACCAGCUCUUGGAUGAUGCUGCGUCUGGCUUCGCGCCCGGACAUCAUGGAGGCCCUGUAUCGCGAACAAGUCGAGGCUCUCGGUGCCGACCUACCCCCGCUAAAGUAUGAGGAUCUCGCGAAGCUCCCUCUGAACCAAGCCAUCAUCAAGGAGACGCUGCGGCUCCACGCGCCCAUCCACUCCAUCAUGCGAGCUGUCAAGUCCCACCUCCCCAUCCCCGGCACGAAAUAUGUGAUCCCGCCCAGCCACACUCUACUAGCCGCUGCCGGUGUUAGCGCGACGGACGGCACCUACUUCCCCGAGCCUGACUUGUGGGAGCCGACCCGGUGGGAUAAAGAAUCGCCGCUUGCGCCGUCCGUGGUACGUAAUGAAGUGAACGACGACGACGACGAGAAGAUCGACUACGGAUAUGGCCUGGUUAGCAAGGGCGGUCGCUCUCCUUACCUCCCGUUCGGUGCUGGACGACAUCGUUGCAUCGGCGAGCAGUUUGCCAACGUGCAGCUGCAGACGAUUAACGCCAUGAUUGUACGCCUGUUCAAGUUCAGAAACGUCGACGGCAGCAACGACGUCAUCGGAACCGACUACGCGUCUCUAUUCUCGCGGCCGAUUGAGCCGGCCAAGAUCUUCUGGGAGAAGAGGACCGGGUAGAGGGGGGCUCUCACGAUGGGAUAGAAGUGAGGUGCAUUAUAUAUUCCAACCUGGAGUUCUGUAUACAUACAGCAUGCCAUCUAGCUAAUGAUCACGCACGCCCACGGGUAUGAGAGGCCGGAGAAAGAGGAAGGUCUCGACUGGGCACGAUACGAGAAACAAGAUACUAGAAUAGUAAUCCUAAUAAUCAGAAAGAAGCGCUCAACCCGUUUCCCUUGCCUGUGAAGUUUUGGAUGGCUGAGAAUCAUGCUACGAAGCAUACAAAUCCGCAUCAGUCCAAGGGGGGGUAGGGUUUUCUCUCUCCUUGUUUCCAAUCAGAAACACGACGAUCAUCCGGACAAGUCG